AUGCCAGAGAAACCUAUGGUUCUGGUUGUGAAUUGCCGUAGCAUCAUGAAUAAAGUUGAUGAGCUUGCAUCUUUAAUAAUGACUUUGAAUCCACAAAUUGUUAUGGGGACCGAAUCUUGGUUGGACGAUACGGUCUCUGACACUGAGGAUUUUCCGCCGGGAUUUACGGUAUAUCGUAAAGACAGACAUCGACACGGAGGAGGAGUCUUUUUGCUGGUUUCAUCCUGGUGGAGUAGCUGUGCAGUUAAAUUUGAGAAUGACUCUGAGUCGGUGUGGUGUCGCGUUCGUUUUCCCGAAGGGAACACUGUGGUGUUUGGAACUAUCUACCGUCCGCCAGACGGAAAUGAAACAAGCAUUUCUUUACUUUCAGAUAUGUUAUCAGUGAUACCAGACACCGUCUUUCUGGGAGGCGAUUUUAAUUUGCCAGACUUUUCGUGGUUAACUGGGACGACGGCAAGAAGCAAAUCGCGUGUUUAUCCUAUGUUCACAGAAUUGAUAGAUACAUUUGGUCUGAUUCAGUAUGUCAUGGAGCUGACUCGACUGACGGCAGUUUUAGAUCUCGUCCUAUGCAAUGACCCAAAUAUUGUUUCUAGCGCCCAGGUAUAUCCUAAGUGA